AGGCAGCGGCAGCGGCAGUGGGGAGAAGAGGGAGGUGUGCAAGCCACRCUCCGCCAGCUACUCCCUCCACGCUGCUUUGCCUGCCAGUGCCCAGGCUGUCCUCGCCAGCAUGGCCCUGCUCGUCCACCUCAAGACCGUCUCGGAGCUGCGGGGCAGGGGCGACCGGAUUGCCAAAGUGACUUUCCGAGGGCAGUCCUUCUACUCCCGGGUCCUGGAGAACUGCGAGGAUGUGGCUGACUUCGAUGAGACGUUCCGGUGGCCAGUGGCCAGCAACAUUGACAGAACCGAGAUGCUCGAGAUUCAGAUUUUCAACUACAGCAAAGUCUUCAGCAACAAGCUGAUCGGGACUUUCCGCAUGGUGCUGCAGAAGGUGGUGGAGGAGAACCACGUGGAGGUGAYCGAGACUCUGAUCGAUGACAACAAUGCUAUCAUCAAGACCAGCCUGUGUGUGGAGGUUCGAUAUCAGGCGACAGACGGCAAGGUGGGCUCCUGGGAUGACGGAGACUUCCUGGGAGAUGAGUCUCUUCAAGAGGAAGAGAAGGACAGCCAGGAGACGGAUGGGCUGCUCCCUGGAUCCCGCCCCAGCUCCCGGCCACCAGGCGAGAAGAGCUUCCGGAGAGCCGGGAGGAGCGUGUUCUCCGCCAUGAAGCUCGGCAAGAACCGGCCCCACAAGGAGGACCCCCAUAGACAAGAUGAACCAGCAGUGCUGGAGAUGGAGGACCUUGACCACUUGGCCAUUCGACUGGGAGAUGGGCUGGAUCCUGACACAGUGUCUCUGGCCUCAGUCACUGCUCUCACCACCAAUGUCUCCAACAAGCGAUCUAAGCCAGACAUCAAGAUGGAGCCAAGUGCCGGGAGGCCCAUGGAUUACCAGGUCAGCAUCACAGUGAUCGAGGCUCGGCAGCUGGUGGGCUUGAACAUGGACCCUAUGGUGUGCGUGGAGGUGGGCGACGACAAGAAGUACACAUCCAUGAAGGAGUCCACCAACUGCCCCUACUACAAUGAGUACUUCGUCUUUGACUUCCAUGUCUCUCCUGACAUCAUGUUCGACAAGAUCAUCAAGAUCUCGGUGAUUCACUCCAAGAAUCUGCUGCGCAGUGGCACCCUGGUGGGCUCCUUCAAAAUGGACGUGGGAACUGUGUACGCCCAGCCUGAGCACCAGUUCUAUCACAAGUGGGCCAUCCUGUCCGACCCCGAUGACAUCUCCGCCGGGCUGAAGGGUUAUGUGAAGUGUGACGUCGCUGUGGUGGGCAAGGGGGACAACAUCAAGACACCUCACAAAGCCAAUGAGACAGAAGAAGAUGACAUUGAGGGGAACUUGCUGCUCCCUGAGGGGGUGCCCGCAGAACGCCAGUGGGCCCGGUUCUACGUGAAAAUUUACCGUGCGGAGGGGCUGCCCCGAAUGAACACGAGCCUCAUGGCCAACGUGAAGAAGGCUUUCAUCGGUGAAAACAAGGACCUCGUCGACCCCUACGUGCAAGUCUUCUUCGCUGGCCAGAAGGGCAAGACUUCGGUGCAGAAAAGCAGCUAUGAGCCCCUGUGGAACGAGCAGGUCAUCUUCACAGACCUGUUCCCCCCACUCUGCAAACGCAUGAAGGUGCAGAUCCGAGACUCCGACAAGGUCAACGACGUGGCCAUCGGCACCCACUUCAUCGACCUGCGCAAGAUUUCCAACGAUGGAGACAGAGGCUUCCUGCCCACGCUGGGCCCAGCCUGGGUGAACAUGUACGGCUCCACACGCAACUACACGCUGCUGGACGAGCACCAGGACUUGAACGAGGGCCUGGGGGAGGGCGUGUCCUUCCGUGCCCGCCUCAUGCUGGCCUUGGCUGUGGAAAUCCUGGACACCUCCAACCCCGAGCUCACCAGCUCCACAGAGGUGCAGGUGGAGCAGGCCACGCCUGUCUCAGAGAGCUGCACUGGGAAAAUGGAAGAAUUCUUUCUAUUUGGAGCCUUCCUGGAGGCCUCAAUGAUCGACAGGAAAAACGGAGACAAGCCAAUCACCUUUGAGGUGACCAUAGGCAACUAUGGGAACGAAGUUGACRGCCUAUCAAGACCCCAGCGGCCUCGGCCCAGAAAGGAACCCGGGGACGAGGAGGAAGUAGAUCUGAUCCAGAACUCCAGUGAUGAUGAGGGUGAUGAUGGCGGAGACCUGGCCUCAGUGUCCUCCACCCCGCCCAUGCGGCCCCAGAUCACAGAUAGGAACUACUUCCAUCUGCCCUAUCUGGAGCGCAAGCCCUGCAUCUACAUCAAGAGCUGGUGGCCAGACCAGCGUCGCCGCCUCUACAAUGCCAACAUCAUGGACCACAUCGCUGACAAGCUGGAAGAAGGACUGAAUGACGUGCAGGAGAUGAUCAAAACGGAGAAGUCCUAUCCUGAGCGCCGCCUGCGGGGAGUCCUGGAGGAGCUCAGCUGUGGCUGCCACCGCUUCCUCUCCCUCGAUGACAAGGACCAAGGGCACUUGUCAUGCACCAGGCUGGAUCGGGAGCGCCUCAAGUCCUGCAUGAGGGAGCUGGAGAGCAUGGGGCAGCAGGCCAGGAGCCUGCGGGCUCAGGUGAAGCGGCACACGGUGCGUGACAAGCUGAGGCUGUGCCAGAACUUCCUACAGAAGCUGCGCUUCCUGGCAGACGAGCCCCAGCACAGCAUCCCUGACGUCUUCAUCUGGAUGAUGAGCAGCAACAAGCGGGUUGCCUAUGCCCGGGUGCCCUCCAAGGACCUUCUUUUCUCCAUUGUGGAGGAGGAGCUGGGCAAGGACUGUGCCAAGGUCAAGACGCUCUUCCUCAAGCUGCCAGGGAAGCGGGGCUUCGGCUCAGCAGGCUGGACAGUGCAGGCCAAGCUGGAGCUCUACCUGUGGCUGGGCCUCAGCAAGCAGCGGAAGGACUUCCUGUGUGGCCUGCCCUGCGGCUUCGAAGAGGUCAAGGCGGCCCAGGGCCUGGGACUUCACUCCUUCCCGCCCAUCAGCCUGGUCUACACCAAGAAGCAGGCCUUCCAGCUCCGAGCUCACAUGUACCAGGCCCGCAGCCUCUUUGCCGCGGACAGCAGUGGUCUUUCUGAUCCCUUCGCCCGUGUCUUCUUCAUCAACCAGAGCCAGUGCACGGAGGUGCUGAAUGAGACACUGUGUCCCACCUGGGAUCAGAUGCUGGUGUUUGACAACCUGGAGCUGUAUGGAGAAGCCCAGGAGUUACGGGAUGAUCCCCCCAUCAUUGUCAUUGAAAUCUAUGACCAGGACAGCAUGGGCAAAGCCGACUUCAUGGGCCGGACCUUCGCCAAGCCCCUGGUGAAGAUGGCAGAUGAGGCGUACUGCCCACCCCGCUUCCCGCCCCAGCUCGAGUACUACCAGAUCUACCGUGGCAACGCCACGGCCGGAGACCUACUGGCUGCCUUCGAGCUGCUGCAGAUUGGACCAACAGGAAAGGCCGACCUGCCCCCGAUCAAUGGCCCGGUGGACGUGGACCGGGGGCCCAUCAUGCCUGUGCCUGUGGGCAUCCGGCCCGUGCUCAGCAAGUACCGGGUGGAGGUGCUGUUCUGGGGCCUUCGGGACCUGAAACGGGUGAACCUGGCCCAGGUGGACCGACCGCGCGUGGACAUCGAGUGUGCAGGGAAGGGGGUGCAGUCAUCCCUGAUCCACAAUUACAAGAAGAACCCCAACUUCAACACCCUGGUCAAGUGGUUUGAAGUGGACCUGCCAGAGAAUGAGCUACUGCACCCGCCCCUGAACAUCCGCGUGGUGGACUGUCGCGCCUUCGGCCGCUACACACUGGUGGGCUCCCACGCCGUCAGCUCCCUGCGGCGCUUCAUCUACCGGCCCCCGGACUGCUCUGCCCCCAGCUGGAACAGCACUGUGAGGCAUCUCCAGGGCUGCCAUGGGCUAUGCAAUGGGGGACCCUUCUCUUGCCCCACAGGGGAGGUUGUGGUGAGCAUGGAACCAGAGAUGCCCAUCAAGAAACUGGAGACCAUGGUGAAGCUGGACGCGACUUCUGAUGCCAUCAUCAAGGUGGAUGUGGCUGAAGAGGAGAAGGAGAAGAAGAAGAAGAAGAAGAAGAAAGGCACCGCGGAGGAGCCAGAGGAAGAGGAGCCAGACGAGAGCAUGCUGGACUGGUGGUCCAAGUACUUUGCCUCCAUCGACACCAUGAAGGAGCAACUUCGACAACAAGAGGUCUCAGGGAUUGACGUGGAGGACAAGGAGGAGAUGGACAGCUCAGAGGGCCUAAAGGGGCCAAUGAAGGGCAAGGAGAAGGCAAGGGCUGCAAAGGAGGAGAAGAAGAAGAGAACCCAGGGCCCCGGCCCCGGCCAAGGGUCUGAGGCACCGGAGAAGAAGAAACCCAAGAUUGAUGAGCUGAAGGUGUACCCCAAGGAGCUGGAAUCAGAGUUCAAUAACUUUGAGGACUGGCUGCACACCUUCAACCUGCUACGGGGCAAGACGGGGGACGAUGAGGACGGAUCCACUGAGGAAGAGCGCACUGUGGGCCGGUUCAAGGGCUCCCUCUGUGUGUACAAAGUGCCACUCCCAGAGGAUGUUUCCAGGGAAGCGGGUUACGAUCCCACCUACGGCAUGUUCCAGGGCAUCCCGAGCAAUGACCCCAUCAACGUGCUGGUCCGAGUCUAUGUGGUCCGGGCCACAGACCUGCACCCUGCUGACAUCAACGGCAAGGCUGACCCCUACAUUGCCAUCCGRCUGGGCAAGACUGACAUCCGUGACAAAGAGAACUACAUCUCCAAGCAGCUCAACCCAGUCUUUGGGAAGUCCUUCGACAUCGAGGCCUCCUUCCCCAUGGAAUCCAUGCUGACAGUGGCUGUGUACGACUGGGAUCUUGUGGGCACCGACGACCUCAUUGGGGAAACCAAGAUCGACCUGGAGAACCGCUUCUACAGCAAGCACCGCGCCACCUGCGGGAUCGCCCACACCUACUCCACACAUGGCUACAAUAUCUGGAGGGACCCUAUGAAGCCAAGCCAGAUCCUGACACGCCUCUGCAAAGAGGGCAAAGUAGACGGUCCCCACUUUGGGCCCCCUGGGCGAGUGAAGGUGGCCAACCAUGUGUUCACCGGGCCCUCUGAGAUCGAGGAUGAGAACGGUCAGAGGAAGCCCACGGAUGAGCACGUGGCCCUGUCUGCCCUGAGGCACUGGGAGGACAUCCCCCRCGUGGGCUGCCGCCUGGUGCCAGAACACGUGGAAACCAGGCCACUGCUGAACCCCGACAAGCCAGGAAUAGAGCAGGGUCGCCUGGAGCUGUGGGUGGACAUGUUCCCCAUGGACAUGCCAGCCCCUGGGACGCCUCUGGACAUCUCCCCCAGGAAGCCCAAGAAGUACGAGCUGCGGGUCAUCGUGUGGAACACRGACGAGGUGGUCCUGGAGGACGAUGACUUCUUCACUGGCGAGAAGUCCAGUGACAUUUUUGUCCGGGGGUGGCUCAAGGGCCAGCAGGAGGACAAGCAGGACACGGACGUCCACUAUCACUCCCUCACUGGUGAGGGCAACUUCAACUGGCGCUACCUGUUCCCCUUCGACUACCUGGCAGCUGAGGAGAAAAUCGUCAUCUCCAAGAAGGAGUCCAUGUUCUCCUGGGAUGAGACUGAGUACAAGAUCCCCGCGCGGCUCACCCUGCAGAUCUGGGACGCUGACCACUUCUCAGCAGACGACUUCCUGGGGGCCAUCGAGCUGGACCUGAACCGGUUCCCKCGGGGCGCCAAGACAGCCAAGCAGUGCACCAUGGAGAUGGCCACCGGGGAGGUGGACGUGCCCCUGGUUUCCAUCUUCAAGCAGAAGCGGGUCAAAGGCUGGUGGCCACUCCUGGCCCGCAAUGAGAAUGACGAGUUCGAGCUCACGGGCAAAGUGGAGGCGGAGCUGCAUUUGCUGACAGCAGAGGAGGCUGAGAAGAAUCCAGUGGGCCUGGCCCGCAACGAACCUGACCCCCUAGAGAAACCCAACCGGCCCGACACGGCCUUCGUCUGGUUCCUCAACCCACUCAAGUCCAUCAAGUACCUCAUCUGCACCCGGUACAAGUGGCUCAUCAUCAAGAUCGUGCUGGCGCUGCUGGGGCUGCUCAUGCUGGCCCUCUUCCUCUACAGCCUCCCCGGCUACAUGGUCAAGAAGCUGCUAGGGGCGUGAGGCUCUGCCACUUCCCUCCGGCACCCCUCCAGCCCCUGCUGCCGUUCCCUUCCUGCAGCCUGGACUCUCUCCUCCCUGCCUGGGAGCCUGAGGAGCCCCACGUCCACCCUCCAAGCCUUGGGCCGGGCCCUGCCUCCUGCCUGC